AUGAAUUAUUAGAGAUCAUUAUAGAACUAAACAACAAUCGAAAAUGCAAAUACUAGCAUUCCAGCAAAUGAUAAUGAAAACUCUUCGGAAUCAACAAAUAACACAUAGAAUAAUAAUACUGAUUAAACAGGCAAUAAUACAAAUAAUAGUAAUUAAACUGAUAAUCCAUAAAAUAAUACAGUACCAGAUCCAGUUCCAACAACUAAUCCAACUGAUUAGAAUAAUGACUCUGAAGAUGAUAGUGAAACUGAUUGUCUAAAUUCGAAAAGCAACUGUACAAACUUUGAAAUCUACAUGGCAGAAAACAAUUAUAAGUGGUCUCAAUAAAUAUAACAAUAUCAAUUCUCUUUCUAUUUUGUAAUCGGAGACUACAUAAAGGAUAGAAAAAAAGAAAAUAAAAGAAGCAGCCCUAGAAAGAUGAAAACUUUAAUAUUCCCAGACCUAUAUUCCCCUUGA